GUUCAUCUACCCCCGCCGGUUCACCGCUCCUCCGCCGGUUUUUCAAUUAUCAGUUGACUGCAACUAUUUAUCUCAAGCUUUAGGAUAAAAUUUUAAUUGUUGAUCUGUUCGGUUGCUGAGAAAGACACGGAAAAUUCAGCUCCAGUUGUAGCUAACAUCGCUUUGUCAGGCGCCUAGUUGAAUGAAUCGGGUUCUGGGAUCUGAAUUAAAGAUGCAGAUGGUAUUAUAUGGUAUAUGUAGCAUUGAAUCAUAUGAACCCCCUCGGUUGCAGCUUAGCCUGGCAAUCUUGCUGAAAAGAAAGUUCUGUUGGAUUGGGGAUAUCGAGGUAUUUGAUCCAAUUCUUUCUGCGACAGAAUCUAGAGUGUUGGAAGCCCUGGAUUGUUCUGUUCUAUCAGUCAAUGAGCAAGGUCGGCGACAAGCUUCAAAGCCUAUACUGUUCUUCGUGCCACACUGUGAGGCAGAGUUAUACAAUAAUCUUGUACAGGCAAAUUGGAGAACAGAGCGUUUGAAUAAUAUUGUGUUGUUUGGGAACAGCUUUGGGACAUAUGAACAGCAUGUAUCAGAGUUUAGGAGCUCAACUCUUGUUGAUUCCUCGAGGCAUAUCUUGGCUGUUCGAAAGUUCACGUGUGAAUUUGCAAUCAAGGUAGUUUCAGAUGAUUAUUUUGGAGCCUUUCAUGAUUCAAGCUGGCAUUUCUUGAGCCUUGUUGCUUGAGAAGCUUUGCAGUUCACAUGCAAGACUGAAUGAUGAUUGAAAACGAUUUUAUUUUUAAUUUUUCAUUGCAUUUAAAACGAGCUUACUGUUCUCUUAAUGCCUGACCUGAAACAACCUAGAUCAAGUAGAUUAGGAAUCGACAUUAUUUCAAAGUCUGUAUUGUCACUGCUAUGCUCUUGGAGAUGCCUCCAAUUUCUCUUGUUUCACAUAUUGUUUCUCAUUCCUAUCUAUCA